AUGGUGCCAGACGAGGUCUUCCCACGGCAUCAGCGCGCUUCAGCGCAGCUGCCGUGCGACCAGCAGGUGUUGUCAGAGAUUCUGCGCUUCCACGAGUCCUUCGAGCGAGAGCGGGCCGAAGUGUCUGCAGCGUCGAAGCAAGGCUUCUUCGACUUCGAUGAUCUGCCAGGUGUGGAGGUCGCGGACCAGCCAAAGACGCAAAGCCUUCAGGCUGCGCAGAGCACGCAGAACGCAGAGGGCGCCCCUACAAGCGCCGCCAAAGCUGCGAGCCGGGUUCGCGGGAUGUCCAGCUCUGCAGGCUCAAGUCGCGACUUUUCCAAAGAGCUUGGCACUGCGCUGGCAUUGCUGCAGCACGUGCCGGCAGCGGUUGCCGCAGGACAAAGCGGCAUCACAGAAGUACCGGAGAAAGAUGCCCUGGCUUUGCUGCAGCGCCGCGCCGACGUGCACGUCUUGGCCGGCGAGCUGCGGCGGAGCGCCCUGCACAGUGCCUCAGAGAGGUGCUACGUGAAGCUCGUUGCAGAGCUUCUGAAGCGGCGGGCCAACCCCAACCAGGCCGACCUCGCAGGAGAGACGCCGCUGCACACCCUGGCCCAUGGAAGCUCCUGGUGUGACGCGGCGCCCAAGCAGCGCAAGGCCGCCAUCCAACGCCUGGUUGAAGGCCAGGCAGACAUUGACUUCGCCAACCCACGGGGCCGCACCCCGCUGCACGUGGCGGUGCAGAGCAAGGACUUCGCUGCACUCGAAGCGCUUCUGGAGGAGCAGGCCGAUGUGAAUGCUGCGGACCUCGGUGGGUUCACUGCCCUCAUGUGGGCUGCAGGCCGCGGCAGCGAACAGCAGGUUGCGAUGCUCCUAGAGGCACGCGCGCAGCUGAACCGCACCGCCAACCGCGGACAAACAGCUUUGCUUUUCGCUUUGACCAACAACUGUGACGAUGUUGUGACUGCCCUGCAAGAGCGGGCUGCGCUGGAGGAUCGGAAGGCUGAGGAGCGUGCAGCGUACCCUGCCGUGGAGGCGCUCCAAGAGCCGGAGGACGCGAAGUGCGCGCAGAUGCACAUGCCCUUUAUGGGGAAGGUGAAGCCGCGCUUCGCGCCGGACCUCAGCUCCGCCUCCUACGAUGACAUGGCAACACGCCUGGGCGAGCUUCCUUGCGCGAUGGAGCCUCCGGAGUGCACUUGGACCUUUGCCAAUGACCCCAUUCAGGGCCACGAGCUGCAGGGCUACUGGGGCAAUCCCAUGUGCGCCUACGCCAAAGACCGCAAUGCCAUGCCCAACGGCUUCCGCCACGAGCUGAUGCUCCGGCGCCUGGCGCUGCGCGUGGACGAGAGCGAUGGCCAGCUGCGAGCCCGGGUGGCGCUGCGGCAGGAGAACGGUAAGGUCCCGCCCUGGGCUUGGCCAGUGGAGGGCCUGGCAGUGCGCCUCGUCUUGGCAGCGUCGCUCUCGUUGGAAAGCCCGGAGUUCGAGGCGGAGCUGCGGCUGGCGCAUGGGUGCCCUGUGGCCUCGGUGGAGCUGCCUCGCAGGGCGCAGGUGCUGGUGGCCCAUGCCCUCAGCCUGCAGAUCCUGUCGGCCUUCGCUCGCCUCGAGCCUGACGGCCCCAGGUAUGGGCUUCUGUUCCCCCUGCCCUACCGGCUGCAAGAAGCCAGCUUGCUGCAGCUGCAGCUGGACUCCGACCCGUACCUGAUCCUGCCCAUGGCCGUACCUCCCAAAGAGCUGGACGACAUCGAGUUCCACGACCCCUGCUGCCACGAGUCCACAGGCUCUGACAUUUGGGAUCCUGGGCUGGUGCUCGCAGCCGCUCUACCACAGCUGCUGGCCGCGGAAUCCAGGCCGCAACUGGUUCUUGAACUCGGUGCUGGUCUUUCCCUCUGCGGAUUGGUUGCUGCCCUCUUGGGACAUGACUGUGUUGCCACAGAUGCGGAAAUGGCGAUCGCUUCCACGCGACAAGCUGGCGAGGAGAACGCUGGGUUGCUUUCGAGCGCCAACGCGCGAUGGCGGGCGGAGGUCAUGGACUGGAGAAGUCCUCCUUCCUGGAUUGUGGACCAGCAGUGGGACGUGUUGCUGGGCGGUGACCUCGCCUGGUCCUCCGCGCGGGAGUUUGUGCCCGCCCGCGGGCGGGAGGAGAUGCUGCAGAACCCCCUGCUGCAGCUCCUGUCGCGGCUCCGCUUCGGCCGCUUCUUCCUGGCAGAACGAGAGCGAGACCUCGAGGCCAUCGAAGACUUCUUCCGAGCCCUGGAGUGCUUUGGCUUCAACGCCAUUAGACUAGACUCGCCCACCGGCCCCAGCGGCGCUGCGCUCACGGAUGCGAAAGACAUUGCGCUGUGGACCGUGCAGCACUCGUGCAUUCUAGACAUCCCACCAAGUCCAAGCCCACAGGCGGGUGACAAUCUUUUGCCCGGCCAGCUGCUCGAGGAAUUCUUGCAGCAGCAUUCCUGGCUGUGUGAUGGCAAGGUUCUGCAGCUUAUCUCAGGCGAAGCAGCCCCUGUGAGAUCAAGACCGGGGUGGGCAGAGACGUCUGACUGGGAGAGAGAUUCCUCCCUCGGCAUUGUGGAUGCGCCACGGUUACUGCUGCUGGCUCUUGAGCUGCCUUGCCUGAGCCGCCUUGGUCGCCUUUGCGCCCUGCGGGCGCCAAGGCCCACCAGGCUUCUCCUGCCAAAGCGUGGGCAAAGAGCUGACUCAGCUCUUCAAGAGGCAAUACAGCAAGGAUUCGCAGUUCAUGUUUUGGCUAGACAUCGCGCAGAAGACAUUGCAAUCUACGCCAUUGACUGGAACGAGCCGGCUGUGAGCGUCUACUCCUUCCAGGGCCAAGCCUUUGUUUGCGCGGAGCUCCCCUCCGCCUGGUCCCACUGUAGCCCACAUGGGCUCGAGGUGCACGCGUCCAGGGGCGAAUUGCUCUUCACCUGGGAGGAGCUCGGAUGGCAGCGGCAAGUGCGACUGCCCUUCAAGGUGGACCUGGAAAAGAUGGACGCCUGCCGCAAGCAUAAGACCCGCUUGGAGAUCAAGCUGCGACGCAUGAAGUAA